UCCCUUGGCAGGCGUUUGUUUUAUCGACAAAACAUUCAUAGUAAAACCAGACACAAAAUCAAACAUCCAGGUCUUACCCUUACUGCAGGACAGAAUCAAGCUUACACUGCAGGACAAAAUUCGAUAAUAAAGGAUCCCUAAGACUCCCUAAACAAGGAUGAUUCGUUACGAUCUAGUGCAAAUAAAAAAUGAUUCAUGGCAGCCGGCCCUCCACAAGGAGGGGACUUAUGUGUGCAAGUUCCCGGAACCUCCGGCACCGGACCCCCUCCUGAACCCGGGCAACUGGUAUGGCCAUCUGCAGCCCUAUCAGCGUCUGUUUUAUCACCAGACCAUGAACUCGGUGCGCUCGAGCAAGCGUUUCCGUGCCAAUCCCCAAAUCCCGAAGGAUGUCUUGGACCUCAGGCUGCAGUCGCGCUACGACCAUACUCGCGAAGCCUUUCCCCAAAAGGUGGACUACGUGAUGCAGCACGAGACUUGCAAGUCGUGCAUAUCCAGUUGGUCGGCUCCGGGAGCAGCUAAGGAGAUUGGAGCCCAGCACCAGUCCUUCAGGGUUCUACGCAACACGAAGAUAAUUCGUCGAAAGCAGGAGGAUGUUCUAGGCCACCCAUUGAGAAUUGGUGGCUGCAAGGAGAAGAUCCACCCCCAUAGCGUCAAGCUGAUCUGCAGCGGCGUCCACAACCAGCUCGUCAACAAUGGAUUCUCGCGCCAGACCUCCGACGGCAACUUCUUCCGCUACUAAGAAGUUAAAUAGAAGAAGUUAAACAUCUUUCGCAUUUUACUGAAAAUUGGAAAUAAAUUUGUAACACCGGAGCAAUGGAUCGCCGGAUUAUUUCAUCCACUAUCAAAA